AUGACUGAGCAUGCUCCGUCGUCCCCAGCGACCAUCAGCACUUCCGCCAACAGCGUCUCUACCUCGGCUCCCGUCCCUCCAUCCUCCUGCUCUUCCACCUCUUCCUCGGCCAUCCCCCACCCCAACUCCAGCAGCAAGCCCUGGAGGAGUAAAUCUGGGAGCUCCAAGCACACCUCCUCCUCAGCCAUGCUCUCUGUCAAGCAGGAGAAGGAUACCUCCUCUAAGGCCUCCUCGUCCACCGAGCAACCCCCUAAAGUUAUCCAACAGAAGUCUAUGCUGGAGAAGUUCAAGCUGUUUAACAGUAAAGGUGGAUCUAAGUCCUCGUCCUCCAGCACUCAGGGGGCUCAGGCGGACAGUGGUGCCCCCGCCCGGCAGCUCGGGGCUGGUGGAGUGGAGAGGGCAGAGGCAGGGUCCAACACCGACUCCCUGGAGGAGGUGGAGGGGAACGCCCGGCCCGGCGCCAACGGGACCGGUAAUGGGAUGACCCACAGUGGUGCCUCAACCCAUGUCCCUACCAUCGCCACAACAACCAGCAGCCCCAAGAUCGCACUGAGGGGAAUCGCUCAGCGCACAUUCAGCAGAGCUCUGACUGCUAAAAAGAGCUCAGUGAAAGGACUGGAGAAGGAGAAAGAGAAGGAUAGGGGGAAGGAGAAGGAGAAAGAGAAGGAAAGAGGGAAAGAGGCGGGGAAGCACAUCACCACCGAGAGGAUGGAACUCAGGGGGGAGGAGCCUAAGGAGGAAGCGACUACCACUGUCGCCAUGGAAACGGAACCCUCCUCCAAUAAGAGAACUUCUAAAAUCGCCAGUUUCAUACCCAAAGGGAGCAAAGUGGCCAAGAAGGAGAGUUCUGUCCCUGCACACAGCGGCAUACCAAAGCCAGGGGGUAAAACCUCAGGGCUAGGGGGGAAGGCCGCCUCGGCAGGGGGGAAGGAGGGCGGGGAGCGUCCCCGGAGCAUGCGGUUGGGAGGGGGUCUGGUCCUGCACCGCGGACACCUUGACAGAGACAGGGACAGCAGACACUCUAGCUCUACCUCUAGUCUGGCUUCCACAGAGGGCAAGGCCUCACAACAGGGCCACAGUGCCGCCCCGGUGGUGGAAGGUGGUAGUGGUGGCGCUACACAGAGCACAGCCUGCAACACAGUCAGCGUCCAGCUACCUCAGCCCCAGCAGCACCACAGCCACCCCAACACAGCCACCGUAGCACCCUUCAUGUACAGGUGAGUAAUAUACAUACUUUGGACUGAUAAAACUGUCAACUGUAACAUUUUGUCAUGAUGUGUCUACCCGACCAGGCCUUUGUGAAUCUGUAUUAGUAUCCUGAGAAAGUCUGAAAGGAUCAUAAGUCAUUAGUCACUGAUCAUUAGUGGGCAUCUGCAAGCUGUUUGCUAGGAAUUUCCCCUAGAAUCACCUUUCCCACUGUGUGUUUGUAUGCUCACCCCACCCCUGACCUAUACCUCUGAUCCUCCCCUGUAUGAAUAGCCCCCCCACUGCCUCACUCCUACACUCACCACUUAGGAACUUCCUCUCCUGUCAUUAACCAGUCAUAGGGCAUUAACGGCAGGAUCAUACCAUCUCUGUUUUAGAGAAAGGGGGGAAUUGACAUUGACAAUCCUGAUAUUUCUUUUGACCUUUGGCACUUUGUUAUCAUCUAGGUCACAAACGGACGUGGACGGUAUCAUGGCGACAGAGGCAGGGUCAGGAGGAACGGGCGGAGAAAACGUCCCCUUUAAAACCAGCCAGCCAUCCAUUGAGGACCUUUCAGGUAGGCCAUCGACUAGUUCUGUCUGUAGGAGCUGAUGGGCAAUUGAUUAUGUGUGUCUGAACAGUACAGAAAUUACAUAGGCCAUUAAAAAAAAUAUAUAUAUAUAUAUAUAUAUAUUGUGUGAGAUUGUUAGUUUGAGGAGAACAGCACAUUAAUCCGACUGUGGAUUGAUUCUGUCUGAUGGGAAAAAUACCUUUCUGGCUAAUGCACUCACAAUUCAGUUGUGGUUUUUGUUGUGACCAUUAGUGAUGCGCAGGUUGACUCAUAGUCCGCAGUCCCCUCAGUUAUAUCCACGGGGCAGGUGUGUUUAGGGUCAUGAAGAAUUGUGUUGAUGAAGGGCAGGUGGGUGGCGGGCGGGUUGAAUAAAGAGAACACAAUACUUUAAAAAAUCCUUAAAUGUAUAAUUCAUGUGCAAUUUAUAUCUAUAGGCUACAUUGAGGUUUUUAUUUCAUUAUUUUAGGUUAUCUGGCAUUAGUGUGUAAGCUUUAGAGUCUAACUGUACGCGCGCCAAAUAGCCUACACACCAAUUGCAAAUGUUUUUGGGAACAGGGAGAAAAAGUUAACGUCGAUCCACGGAGGCAAAAAUGACGUCGGAGUUUGGGCCUCAGAUUCUCACUUUAUCACAUAUAGUCUGGCGGUUGCUGAUGGGUUAUUAGCAAUUGCGGGCGGGUGCGGGUGAACAAACAGUUGACCCGCGCACCACUAGUACCUAUGUACUCAGUCACAUUGUUUGUUCUGUAUAGCAGAAGAUCCAGAGACACGGCGACUGCGGACUGUUAAAAACAUUGCAGACCUACGCCAGAACCUGGAAGACACCAUGUCCAGUCUACGGGGGACUCAGAUCACACACAGGUAAGAACCCCCUGCAAUGAGAAUGGACAGGUCCAGAACAUAUGUCCAGUCCAGUAUCCAAACAGAUUCCAGAUUCAAUUCUGUGUAUUCAACAAGUUCCACUGACAUCCAUUAAGACAUAACAGACACAGCUCCUAGAGAGAGACCACAAUAUCAAAUAAAAUAAAAUGUUAUUUGUCACAUGCGCCGAAUACAACAGGGUAGACCUUACAGUGAAAUGCUUACUUACAAGCCCUUAACCAACAAUGCAGUUUUAAGAAAAAUAAGUGUUAAAUAAACAGUAGAUAAGUAAACAAUAAAAGCAGAUAGCCAUUUGAUUAGCUGUCCAGGAGUCUUAUGGCUUGGGGGUCCUCUGUAGCUCAAUUGGUAGAGCAUGGCGCUUGUAACGCCAGGGUAGUGGGUUCGAUCCCCGGGACCACCCAUACGUAAAAAUGUAUGCGCACAUGACUGUAAGCCGCUUUGGAUAAAAGCGUCUGCAAAAUGGCAUAUUAUAUUAUUAUUAGAAGCUGUUUAGAAGCAUUUUGGACCUAGACUGUAGUGAUCACAAUAAAGCUAUUCUUAACAAUGAUCCAUAACACUUUCUCUUUUAAAAAUCCCAAAAGCAGUAGUGUUAAUGUAAAAGGAAAGGUGAGUUAGCGCUCUGUUUUAACAAGCAGUAGUGUUAAUGGGUGGUCCGCCAGGACAAAGGUCUAAUUUUGAAGAUGGCGUGUGGCUUAAGUGGGACAUGACUGCCACCUAGUGGCCAUGUAGUGUCACUACAAACUCCGCAUCUGACACUGUGGAUGUGUCCCAGCCUCCAGGGUUGCCAGAUAGAAAUAGAAUUAUGGACGAAGUUGAAUGAACUUUUGCGGUUUGAGACUUGUCUGUCUGAUGCUCUAUUCUAGUUUGUAUGUAACGGAGGGCUUGUUCUCCAAACCCACUAGACUGUGUCUUGUGUCUGGUUUUUCAGCAUGAUCCACCCCUUUAUGAGAGUGUCAGUGUCUUUGAUCCAGUAUUGGCUGGAUGGAGCAGUGGUCUUGUCUUUGGAUUUUGAUUCAAGCUCAUGACCCAGUCUCUCUCCGUGCUGCUUGCUCUCCCUUUCACAGGAUUAGAGACUGCUGUCUAAUCUAGUCCAGUUCAAUGCUGAUGAGUGAAUGUCUAGUCUUACGCUCAUAGUCUUUUUUUCUGCUUCUCCCCCUCCCUCCCUCCCUCCCCAAGCACCUUGGAGACAACCUUUGACAGCAACGUCACCACGGAGAUCAGCGGCGGCAGUGGGCGGAGCAUCCUCAGCCUCACUUCCUCUCGGCCCUCCCUGUCGUCAUGGCGACUGGGCCAGUCCAGCCCCCGUCUGCAGGCGGGGGACGCCCCCUCUACAGGGAACGGCUAUGGGGGUCGUGCCUUGGGAGGAGGAGGGCAAGGGGGGCGCUACCUGUACCCUGGCCCCCUGCGGAGACAGCUGGCAGGGCGGGGAGGUGCCCUCAGUAUGGAUCUGGGGGAGAGAGGGGAGGAUAUUGACCUGGAGGGCAUUGCCAUGGAGGUGACGGGCUACAUGAGUGACGGGGAUGUGCUGAGCAAGAACGCAGCGCGCCCUGAGGAUGUCACCAGUGGGUGA